CUCAUUCUGGCGAAAGAAGCAGCAGCAACAGCAGAAGAAGAAGAAGAAGAAGAAGAAGAAGAAUAGGACGCGUUCUGUGGGACUAGGAGUAAACACGAGUUUAAACUGCAGCUUGAGAACAGAUUCAGUGGAUGGACGGAAACAAGUCCGAUUAACUCUGGACUCAGAUCUAAAUGUGAAGCAGGCGUGUUUGAAUCCAGACUAAACGUGAUGCCACAUCAGCAGAGAAAGUCUAAACUGCAGUUGCUAAACAGCGAACAGAUGCUCAAGAGAGACUAAACUACUGGAAAACUACAAAAAAGUGAUGGACCUGAUGGCCGUGAGCACGUCUGCGACGGGUCAGGAUGAGUUUGACCGCAACGCGCCGCGGAUCUGUGGAGUGUGUGGAGACAAGGCCACCGGCUUCCACUUCAACGCCAUGACCUGCGAGGGAUGCAAGGGCUUCUUCAGACGCAGUAUGAAGCGCAAGGCCAGCUUCACCUGCCCCUUCAGCGGGAACUGCACCAUCACCAAAGACAACCGGCGUCACUGCCAGGCCUGCCGUCUGAAGCGCUGUGUCGACAUCGGCAUGAUGAAGGAAUUUAUUCUGACGGAUGAGGAGGUGCAGAGGAAGAAGGAUCUGAUCCUGAAAAGGAAGGAGGAGGAGGCGGCAAGGGAGGCGAGGAAACCUCGUCUGAGUGAGGAACAGAUGCAGAUCAUCAACACACUGGUCGAAGCGCAUCACAAGACCUACGACGACUCCUACUCCGAUUUCGUCCGAUUCAGGCCUCCGGUUCGUGAGGGUCCGGUCACCCGCAGCGCCAGUCGUGCUGCGUCUCUUCACUCUCUGUCUGACGCUUCAUCAGAUUCAUUCAACCAUUCACCAGAGUCUGUGGACACGAAGCUGAACUUCAGUAAUCUGCUAAUGAUGUAUCAGGAUAGCGGUGGCAGUCCAGACUCCAGCGAGGAGGACAACUCACGCCUGUCCAUGUUACCGCACCUCGCAGACCUCGUCAGCUACAGCAUCCAGAAGGUCAUCGGAUUCGCCAAGAUGAUCCCUGGAUUCAGGGACCUGACGGCUGAAGAUCAGAUCGCUCUGCUCAAGUCCAGCGCUAUCGAGAUCAUCAUGCUGCGCUCCAAUCAGUCGUUCAAUCUGGAGGAUAUGAGCUGGAGCUGCGGAGGACCGGACUUCAAAUACUGCGUCAAUGACGUCACCAAGGCGGGACACACUCUGGAGCUGCUGGAGCCGCUGGUGAAGUUUCAGGUGGGUCUGAAGAAGCUGAACAUGACUGAAGAGGAACACGUGCUGCUGAUGGCCAUCUGCCUGCUGUCUCCAGAUCGGCCCGGCGUUCAGGACCACGCUCGCAUCGAGGCGCUGCAGGACCGUCUGUGUGACGUCCUGCAGGCGUACAUCCGGAUCCAUCACCCCGCCGGGCGUCUGCUGUACGCCAAGAUGAUCCAGAAGCUGGCGGACCUGCGCAGCCUGAACGAGGAGCACUCCAAGCAAUACCGCUCGCUCUCCUUCCAGCCCGAGCACAGCAUGCAGCUGACGCCGCUAGUGCUGGAAGUGUUCGGCAGCGAGGUGUCCUAGCAUCCCAGAGCCCCCCCGACACCGCUAGAGCGUCACCGCUCACUCGACGGGGGGCUGAAGGGAUGCACGAGCGAGCGGGUGGAUGCACAGGUCGGGAUUCCCGCUUUUAAGCUACGGGGAAUUCCGAAAGGAAUGUAUUAACGAUGUAUAAAUAGAACGAUGCAUAUAAACUAAUAUUUAUAUUUAAGAGAGAGAGAGAGAGAUGUAUGGCCAGGUGUUCCUCUGGUGUAAUAGGAUAAGCAGGCUCUU